AAACCCUCACUCCCUUUCUCCUUUAGGGUUUUUGCAGAAAUGGCGACUCGAUACUUGACCCGUUCACUAUUCACAAUUCUCUCUCGCUCUACCCUUUCUCUCUCUACACCACCACCGCCUUCCUUCUCUCUCCUCCGUCUCCGCCCACUCAUCGCCGCCGCGCGUGGUUUCACUCCUUCAACAGCUACGGCUUCGGCGGCGCGUGGUUUUGCGACGCGCCAAACAUCGUCGUCGUUGAGUGACCCGAACCCGAACUGGUCUAACCGUCCGCCUAAGGAGACGAUACUGCUUGACGGAUGUGAUUUUGAACACUGGCUUGUUGUGAUGGAUAAACCCGAAGGUGACCCGACCCGAGAUGAGAUUAUUGAUAGUUACAUCAAAACCCUAGCUACCAUUAUUGGAAGCGAGGAAGAAGCAAGAAUGAAGAUCUACUCUGUCUCCACGAGACAUUACUAUGCAUUUGGAGCUCUUGUAUCCGAAGAACUUUCCUACAAGCUAAAAGAAUUGCCCAGGGUUAGAUGGGUGCUUCCUGAUUCGUACCUGGAUGUUAAGAAUAAAGAUUAUGGAGGAGAACCUUUUAUCAAUGGGCAGGCUGUACCGUAUGACCCAAAAUACCAUGAGGAGUGGGUGCGAAACAAUGCCCGAGCUAAUGAGAGAAACAGACGCAAUGACCGACCUCGUAACUUUGACAGGUCCAGAAAUUUUGAGAGGAGGAGAGAGAUGCAGAACCCUGGAUCCAACAUGGGUGGUGGACCACCUCCCAAUAUGAGGAACGCGCCACCCCCCAACAUGGGUGGGAUGCAGCAGCCUAACAUGGGAGGGCAACCCAACAUGGGCGGGAUGCACCAGCCUGGCAUGGGAGGGCCACCUAACAUGGGAGGACCGCAGCAGCACAACAUGGGAGGUCCACAGCACAACUAUGGUGGACCGCCUCCCAAUAGCUACGGUGGACCGCCUCCCAAUAACUACGGUGGACCGCCUCCCAAUAACUAUGGUGGAGCGCCAAACAAUCCGUCCAAUCAGUACAAUGGUGGACCAAACAAUGGAGGCAUGCCUUACCAAACAGGUCCAGGGCCAAACCAGAAUUAUGCUUCAAAUACAUCUGGUGGAAACCCUUAUCAGAACCCAAAUAUGCCGCCUCCAAAUCAGAACUACGCUCCAAAUACUUCUGGUGGAAACCCUCAGCAGAAUCAAAACAUGCCUGGAAGAGAUAUGCCCCCUCCAAAUUAUCAGUAGGCCAUUGUAGAUAAGUAUGAAAUUUGUAAUUUCUAGAAUUUUAUUGCACGAAGUGAGAACACAUAUAUCGUAGUUUAUAGGAUGUUUGGUGCUAGUAAUGGUUGAAUGUGCAAUAAGAUGUGUUUUUUGGUAUGCAUUAUGCAAUGCUAAAAUUGUUCUUAUCC